UACCAAUGACUUAACAACAUACUGGCUCAAUUAUCUUACCUUUGACCGCUUAAUUACGUACAAAGUAAUAACCCCACAUCUCUUACGUCAUGCGGUGCACUAACUUGCAAAUAAAAUCAAGUCUGGGUAAUAAAUUGUGAGUGAUCGUGAGAUCGACAGCAGACUAUAAUCAGUCCUUGGCCUGUGGUGAGCGUGAUAAGACAAACGAUGCCCUCCGGAAUAUUCGUCUUUGUAUUUGCAUUGUCGUUCUCAGCUCCAGUUGGCUUCAGUAUUGAUGAAGGGCGACAGCCUGCGGAAAUUCGGACACCUGAUGAGGCAGCAGGAUGAAAAUACCAGCAUAUCCUUCGCCCAACAAUUCGACGAGGAAAUAAACGAAUGGGCAAAAGGACUGGAGCAACUGGGUUUGGAUAUCGCCAAGUUUGUGGAGAAGUGUCGCCAACCAGGAAGUCGUUGCCACAAGAAACAUGUCCUGCGGCAGAUGGGAGUCCUUCGACGAGGAUUAACGGAACUGCGGGACCGUCUUGAGGAACUUGAGACGGAAUUUGUGGGACAGGUUAGUGACCAAACCAAAAUGGAUGUAUCACUUCGAAAGUCAAAAAAUGUAUUAAGGCAAUACGAUGAAACUUUUAACUAUAUUAAUGAAAAAAUCUAUAAUUUGGUUGAUCAGUAAAUCGAAUCAUAAAAUGCAAGACAUGCAAAUGGGCUUUGGGCUUCAUACCAAUAAUGGAAAAAUAAAUACUUUUACGACUUUUA